CCGUGUGCAGUAAUGUGAAACCAAGCCUGUGGCGCGGAAGGAGAGGAGCAGAGCUGCCGCUGCCGCUGCCUCUUCUUCCACUCAGGACCUUGCAGGCUCAAGCACACAGCGGCUCACACGGCAGUGCAAUGGCCGAGGAGUAGGAGGCUUUCUGUCGGGCAUGUGCGAGUUGUCAAGAUGGACAGUUUGUUGUUGAUGUUCUCCGGGAGGCGCGACACCGCAGCCGUGGGCUGCUGUCAGGCUCCCGGCCGCCAGAGGAGACAAGGCUGCUUGAGGUGGACGCCUCUGUUGGCGGCCGUACUGAUCAGCUUCCUACUUCAGAGCACGGCGUUCCCCUCUUGGAGGACCGAGGAAGAAGCUUACACCACUGUGUUGCUCAUCGGAAUGCGCAAAGAGGCCCACUCGCAAGUGCUUCACCUCUCCAGGAACAAGCGCUACACCCUCACCCCGGAGCAGCUCAAAUGGGACAAGCUCAAGCUCACAUACAAGUUGCUGUCCUACCCAACCAACCUGAUCAAUGCCACAGACACACGUCGAGGCAUUGCCAAGGCCUUUUCCAUGUGGAGCGACGUCUCGCCCUUCAGCUUCCGUGAGGUACCGGCGGACCAGGAGGCGGACAUAAAGAUCGGAUUCUACCCCGUCAACCACACAGACUGUCUGCAGUCCCGAUUGCACCACUGUUUCGACGGCAUCACGGGAGAAUUAGCUCAUGCUUUCUUCCCGCCGACGGGCGAGAUUCACUUUGACGACCACGAAUACUGGAUUCUGGGGAACAUGCGGUUCAGUUGGAAAAAAGGGGUCUGGCUCACGGACCUGGUCCAUGUGGCAACGCAUGAGAUAGGCCACGUGCUAGGACUCAUGCACUCUAGGGAUUCAAAAGCUAUCAUGCACCUGAAUGCAACACUGACAGGGCGCAAACUCAUCACACAGGACGAGGUGUGGGGUCUGCACCGUCUCUAUGGAUGUUUGGACCGGCUCUUCAUCUGUCCGGCGUGGGCUCGUAAAGGCUACUGUGACAGCAAGCGUAAGCUGAUGCAGAAGCACUGCCCCUCCAGCUGUGAUUUCUGUUACGAAUUCCCCUUUCCCACUGUGGCUCCCACCCCAACUCCCCCAAGGACCAAACACAAGCUUGUCGUUGAAGGCAAAAAGCUGACUUUCCGUUGCGGCAAGAAAAUAGCAUCCAAAAAAGGCAAAGUAUUCUGGUAUAAGGACGGCGAGCUGCUGGAAUACUCGCAUCCCAACUACAUUUCCCUGAAAGACGACCACAUCACGAUAGUGGCCAACGCCAUCAACGAAGGAUUGUACACCUGCAUUGUGAAGAAGAAAGACAAAGUUCUCACCAACUACUCGUGGCGGGUGCGCGUGCGAUUCUGAAUACACACACACACAGACACACAAUCACACUUGGGCACAUAUUUCUAUCUUUUGUACUUUCUAUGCAACUGUACUGUUGACAGUCAUAGUGCAAAUCAAAUAAACAUUCCAUGAGAAGAUGCACUUUUGUGAAACUGGCACUGCAUGGUCAUAGACAACCACAACAUAUCACGAUCGUCAUUCUACAAAUGUUAUUGAAUUGGCGGCCCGGGUAUCAAAUCCAGCCAGGGAAUGACAGCAUACCAGCCACCAAGUGUAAUUAAAAAAUGUUUGCAUCCAAUUCCUAAAAACAGCAGAACGCUCCUAGUAUCGGCCUUUCCAAGCUUUCCAGGUUCUAAACCAAAGACCAUGUGCUGAGCCAGGACAGGUGGUGCACUUUCAUACGCAGAUCCGACUACAACUUAAGUCCUUCCAAAAAAUAGCUUUAAUUGCAAAAAAAAACCAAAAACUUUUUCUUUCCAAGGUUAACAAAAACAACUUUAACUACAUACAAAGCUAUAAACAAAACUAAGUUGAAGUGUUAUGUAAGCAGUGGUAAAAAAAUAUUUUCACCGCCAGUCCUUCCACCUGACAUUUGUCCAGUCAGUUUCACCUGUGCGCCCCAAUAUGCUUUUAUCACAGGUGCUUUGAAUGACACACAAUGUAAAUAAAUGUAAACUAAUUAAAAAAAAAAAAGUAUAUAUUCAGUAGCAGAGAAAUAUAAAUAACACAAAAAUGGCUACCAAAACUAUAUUGACCAACACUAAAGUGAAGUAGCACAGUAGGCCCAAGUAUUCAUCAAACACCACCACAAUGAACAAAACCAAAGUGCAGUAGCACAGUCGGCCCAAGUGUUUAUCAAAAAACAAAUAAUUUAACUAAAUAUAUGUAGAACUACAGAAACAUAAAUAACACAAAUGGCUACCACACUCCUGCUGCAUACAGGAACUUGGACCCACACUGGCAAGUCCUUGCAUUGACAUUUUAACCUUGCUAGCAAACAUAGAACCAACUUGUGAUUUACAUACCUGAGGCAUUCCUCAAGGCCCCCCUUUAAGUCCUUUUUUAAAAACUAAUGUUAUUCAUGUUGCUUUACUUUCACUUUAGGUUGCUUCUUUUUCAUCAUUCGAGCUAUACAACUAGUGGCUGCAAGUUCAGUUCAAUAAAACUUUUGGCUCACAUUUUUGCAGCAGAUUCUUAAAAGCACUUCAGUGCUUCAUCAUAUACAUGAUCUUUGACUAGCAUGCUUCUUCAGAAGGACUUUAAAAACAGAAGACUGCUCUGAAAAAAUAGAAAGCCCAAAAUCAAUUGUCUGUUGUAGAGGACGCUGUUUUUUCGGAAUAUACAAAAUCAAAGUACCGGUAAUAGUCUCUCCAUAACUAUCUACUACUGUGGCCCCCCAAAAAUGUUUGUUAAAUAUCUCUGACGUACAGAAACAGCUCAUAAGCAAACGUUAAUAUACAGUCAAUAUAAAACACUAGGUCAUCGCUUCCAACAACAUUAAGCACAUUAGUAUGAACAAGCAGUCUCGUCUCUGACCUUUGGAUGUAUUUGGAGCUGUACGCACAUGUGGAAGACCUCAAAUGCUUCACUUGCUUUACAAGGCUCAGCAUUGCCAAAGGCCAUCAGUCACUUCCACCAGCUGCUCUUCUUCAACACAUCAGGUGUAAAAUUCUGAAGGAGGGAGCUGCAGUGGAAGGCUAAGAGAGACAAAUCAAACUCAAUAACUGUCUGUUUUGUUCAAGCUUCAUACAAUCUUGGACUGAGCAUAUAAAUGUAGCACUAUGUUUUUCAUGGGCUGGAAUCAAAGAGUUGAUUCAUUCAAUUCCACAAUUGAGGAGCAAAAGCUGCAUGGCAACAUGCAGAGUGACAUCAACUUAUGACAGUUACAAAAGAGGGGGCAGACUUAUUUCACUUUCCACUCUGGCAACGUGCAGAAUUACAAAACAGACAGAUAUAAACUUUAUUUCCAGACAAAAAAAUAUGCCCUUAUCUUUCAGUGAACAGUCGUAAUAGUGCUCGAUGGAAAAGCUAAUGUUGUACAAUGGUACAGUAGCUCAGGCUGCCAUCUGCAAUGACCAUUUAUACAACUGGAGCCUCUCUCAUGAAGUGAACUAAGUGGAAUAAAAGACAAAACAGAAGCACUAAGUUAACUCAUAAAAUUACCACAUCGGAGAUGGCAACAUGGAUAGUAAUAAGUGUUAGAAGUGGAACACAUCUGCGCCACCAGUCUUGCUGUGAGACAGUCCUCGUUAAUAGUCAUAAUUGAUCACAGAUUGAUCUUGUUUACAGUUCAGUCCACAGGCAGGAAUUCCGUGCUCUUUACACAUGGACUCAGGCUCAAAAUUUGAGGCUGAAUCCUGGUCCCACUGCAGACGCUCCUUGAUUGCUGGUCGUCAGGUGAAAGCCUGUGUCCUUUAAGUCGUCAUCACCCUAAGGAAAAAAAAAGAGGUUUCAGCAUGACCCUUUUUAUGAUUUAUGAAAAAAGAAAGAUUAUGGAUAAUGAAAUACCGGUAUUUGAAAAACAAAUAUGGGUAAUAUUUUGAACUCUUAACAAGGAUUAAAAUGAUAAAACAGCAAAAUCAGUGGAGAAUUUAUUGUGCCAAAAUUAAAUGAAAAUAACACCAAUUAAUAUUUCAUUUAAAAAUUAUUGAAAUACCCAAAUUUGUUAAGUGGUCUAAUUGUCUCUUCAUUGAAUAAAUCAUGAAUUAUAAUUUGUAAUAAUUGUACUGAACCUAUAUAUUUAUUUCAUGGCCAAUUCAUAACAUAAAAAGGUAAUUAAAUAGAUACGUUGGUCAGGAAACAGUUGAUAAAUAGAAAAAAAGAGUAAAUACAGUUACAUUAUUUUUAAAGGUAUGUAAUGUAUAAUUUUAAAAUGAACUCAAGUUGUAUAUUUAAAUUGCUUUAUAUGUAUUUAAUUUUGGUAUAACUCAAGAAAAAAUACUAUGUAAACUAAAGUCCUCAUGAAACCUCAUUUCAGUGACCAUCAAACUACUUGACGUGCGUUUUGCUUUACUCGAUUUUUGUUUUGUGACGUGUAGUGCCAAAAUUGUUUGAUGUUGUAUUUACAUUACACAGUGGUUAAAGAGGACCUACGAUGAGUUUUGUCUUUUUUUGUCCUAUAAAUGUUACAAUGUUAGAUACUUGUGUUAAACAAUGUCAAAGUGUCAAUUCCUCAGGUUCAUGCAUUUGGGUGUGAGCUCGCAUGCAGUUUUGGAUGCCUCUGACCGAUGGAUUUUAGAGUUGUAUUAUUAAACAUGGGCCAUAUGUGACAUUAAAAAUUGACAGAUGUCCAUAUGUGGACAUUCUUGAACAUGCUGUGUUGGCAAGCGUCGGCCUCCUUUGCUGAGCGAGACUGCUGCCACUAGAGCUUUCUUAUAUUCCUUCUCGUUUCAUGCCUUCCUGCCUGCUCUAGGUCUAUGAAAUAAAUACUAGAAAUAUA